UGGAUAAUAAGGAGGGAUGAAGGAAAAGCCUAUUAAACAUCAAAUUAGGUUAUGAUUUUAAAAAUUAAGCACCAAAACAUCAUGUUAUACAACAAAUUUGACAGAAAAAGUAGUUCAAUAUGCAGUAAAGCUAUGUAGUAAUUACUGUAUUUACGAAUUUAGCACCAAAAUAUCACGAUAUAUUGAAAACAUUGACUACAAAAAUGCGUUGGAUAAUCCAGAACGUUGGAUAAGCGAGUGUUGGAUAAGUGAGACUCUACUGUAAAUAAAUACCUAGAUUGAGUAUCAGGACAUCCUAAACCAGGCAUGGGCCAACUUGGGCCCUCCCUUCAGGUGUUUUGGAUUUCAACCCCCACCUUUCCUAACAGCCUCAGGCCCCUUCCUUUUCCCACGCAGCCGCUUAAGCCUGAGGCUGUUAGGAAGGGUGGGAGUUGAAAUCCAAAACACCUGCAACUACAGUAAAGUCUCUCUUAUCCAACCUUUGUUUAUUCAAUGUUCUGUAUUAUCCAACGCAGUCAGUCUUUUAGUAGUCAAUGUUUUUGUAGUCAGUGUUUUCAGUAUAUUGUGGUGUUUUGGUGCUAAAUCUGUAAAUGCAGUAAUUACUACAUAACUUUACUGUGUAUUGAACUGCUUUUUGUGUCGAUUUGUUGUAAAACAUGAUUUGGUGCUUAAUUUGUAAAAUAGUAAUGUAGUUUGACAUCUAAUAGGCUUUCCCUUAAUUCUUCCUUAUUAUCCAACAUUUUCGCUUAUCCAAGGUUCUGCCAGCCUGUUUAUGUUGGAUAAGCGAGACUCUACGGUAUUCCGAAAUCCAAAACAUUUCUGGCCCCAAGGGGUUUCAGAUAAGGGACACUUAAUAUGUAAUGUGUAAACUGGCAACUGUGAGGAGUCAGGUUUAACUGUCAGUAGCACUUCAGGAACUUGUACUGCUGUUAUAUAAGACAUACUGAAAGUCACUUCUGGUGUGAGAGAAUCAGCUGUCUAUAAAGAUAUUGCCCAGGGUACACCCAGAUGUGUUAUCCUGCGAGGAGGCUUCUCUCAUGUUUCCCUUUUACUUUGCUACUCUACUGCUGAAUAUGCAUACUGCCCAGUAUGGAAUACAUCCCACCACAUUAAAACAGUAGAUGUGGCCCUUAAUAUGAGACAUGCUAUUGCACCCCAAGGGUACGAGAGCACUCUGAGAACCACACGGAAGCCACGGAAUACCUCAAGAAACACAGUUUGUUGAAGGUUAUAUAUAUUUAUAUAUGCAAGUAAAUAGCAGUAAGAGUAAUAAGAGUCAGUAGUCCUUAAUAUAAUGUUCACAAUAGUUCAAAAGAUGGUUCUUCAAAGUCUUUCAAAGUUGUAAUCCACAAACAGAACACAAAGAGUUCUAGCAAAGAGUCAAAGUCAGCAAACAGCCAGUAGUUGCAGGAGUCAGGGACAAGACGCAGCAAAAAUGCCAACUGUAAUCCACAUGGAAGGUAUCCCUUGGAGAGCAGGGAAAAACAGAAGUAACAAGGAGAGGUAUACUCCUGAGUCACAAGGCACAAACUGUAACUGGAUAUCCUGGAAACAGCAUGGGAACAAGGCAAGGAGCAAGAGACAGGAACGGAGAUGCUUCUCCCAAAAAAGGCAAUGUUGACACCGCAAAGAAAGCAAGGCGCGAGGUCCCUUUAAGGAAACCUCAAGGCUACAAUUCAUGAGAUCCAGGACAAUCACAGCUUCCUAUAGGAAAGUUUAUUAACUGAAGCGUUUGAGAGUCAAACGUUUACUUCUUCUCAGCACUUUUCUUUGACUCCUAUCCUGUGAGAUAGAUUGCCUCCUAUCAAAAGACUCAUCCUCCCCUACAACAACUCUAUCUGGUGAAUUUAGCCUUGAGUUAACAUUGGAAUGUUCUCCAAUUAGCUGUUCCUCUGUAACCACAACUUCAGGCACCUGCAAAGCCUUUGGGCUCUGAUCCAAAUUCCGGAGAGGCUCAAAAUCUAAAUCAGCCUCUGAGUCCCACUCUAACUAUUGUGGAGGGCCAGAUCCUGAUGGCUGAGCUAUAAUACAUGCUGCAUUAUAACAGGAUAUCUAUGCCCUACACCACUGAAGAAAUUAGCCAAUAUUGCACCACCUGACAUCAGUCGGGGAGUACCAGCCAGCAAUGAAUGGACCAAAGCAUUGACAUCUCCUGCCCACCCUCUGUUCAUAUAUCAGUCAGCAUGCCAACACCUUAAAUAAAGAAACAGCUUCCUAAGAUAUAUAGAGAUACUUGCAGGAACACCUCAGCAAGCGAGAGGCCAAAAGUGGCACGUAAAACCUCUGAACCUCCAUCAGUGGCUGAUACCAGAUGAGAAACUCUCCCCUGGGCACACAGAAAACUAGGCAACGUGGAAGAAACUGAACAGACUGUGCAUUGGCACCAUGAGAUGCAGAGCCAAUCUUAAGAAAUGGGGCUAUAAAGUGGAGUUCAUGACCUAUGAGUGUGGAGAAGAGCAAACCACAGACCACUUACUACAAUGCAAUCUGAGUCCUGCCACAUACACAAUGGAGGGACCUUCUUACAGUGGCACUUGAAGUGGCCAGCUUCUGUUCAAAGGAAAUUUAGCAUAAUGCCAAGUUUUAAACUUUGUUUGUAGUUUUUUAUACAUUAUAGCUGUAUUCUCAAUUUGCUUCUGACACGAUAAAUAAAUAUAAUACAUGUAUUUAUUAUAUAUAUUUUUAGUGUUUUUUUAAAGUCACUAAUAAAAAUGUAGGGUUUCUUUUUCUUUCCUCUGACCUCUUCCUCCAGGCCACCACAUGUGCUUCCUUCUGGUCUUUUAAGAUACUAUAUAUGUUUUGGACAGCUGAACAGAUCUAUUUAGGAAACUCCCUUGGGAAUUUCUCCUGCUGUGCUUGGUGUCCUUCCAAACCCCAGAGGUUUUAUUUUCUUUGGCAGCUUGUUUUGUCUUGACCUGCUUCAAUGUCUGGAUAUCUUUGUGGUGGAUCCACCUAUCUUAUUAGCUUCAACCUGAAAUUUAGGAAAUAUGUUUUUCCUCUGAAAUGGUUUAGAAAUUGAAUAGGUGCAAUAGCUUAUACACAUUAUGCUGAACAAAUUAGACAAGUGGGAUCUGCUCCCUUGAGCAGAUCCAGGUCCAGCACAAAAAAUAAGAAGCCUUUCUCUUCUGGGCCUAGGGCACAGUUCCUAUUAUGUCAGUUUCUAACAAGUUAAUCUCUGCAUAGCAACUUUCAUUGGCUUAUUUAUGAGAGUGAAGGUUUCUAAAUAUGUAUCUCUCCAGUCCAUUGCAAUGCAGGCAUGCAUCAGUUAAUCAAACCUCUGGCAAAGAAGCUCCUUUUUGCAACGUCUUUUUAUGCCCCUACUCUCCCCUUUCCCCUCCCCCUUUGGUUUUUUCUUGCCCUAGAAGUUUUUCCUCUUCCAUUUGAAGGAUGAUGGACUGGAGAAACACAGACUUUUGAUACCAUGUCUCCGGAGGGCAAUAGUGUAAAACUUUUAACCCCCGGGUAUUUUAGACUCCACUUUCCAGAAUUCCUGGCCAUUGGGUAAGCUGGCUAGGGCUUUUGGGAUUUGGAUGCCGAAACUUCUGCAGGCCACAAGUUUGACACAUCUGCAUAGGGUAUUUGUAGUAGUAGUAGUAGUAGGAGUAAACAAUGUAAUAAAGCUUGAUCUGGGAAGCAACAUGAUUCUAUAAUAUUGUAGCUGUAAGUGCUUGUCUGCAACAAGUAGGGCAACAACAGCUGCUUUGGGACUGAGCCUGUGGGGACAGCAAAACAAAGAAAAGGGAAAAGCAAGGAAGUCUGUCCCAUCAUCUACUCCCAACAUGUUCAAAGAAACACAGAUCUAUAAAUAUGGCCACUAAAAUGGAAAUCAUGAAAUCAAAUGAUCCCUGAAUAAAAUUUGAAGGAAAACUUCAAGUGGAAAGUUCAAAAUAUUAUUGUUUACUUACACAAGUGUUACCAAUCUAUAGUUCCAGUUUGGAAAUGCCUAUUGCUAUAUUUGGAUACAAAGUUUAUGAAUCAUGAUUAACUUCUCUGUGGAGUAGGAACCCAUUUCUUAUUUCUCACUUUGGCCCCAUUUAUUGUAAGCCGCUCUGAGUCCCCUUUGGGGUGAGAAGGGCAGGUUAUAAAUAUAGUGAAUAAAUAAAUAUUGUUAUUUGUCAUUAAAUAAUGGUCAGGAAUGUAACUAUUACAUUAACGGAAGUAUUCCUGUAUUGCCACUAUAUGUCAAGAGUCAGACGCCAGUUAACAUACAAAACAAAGUUUAUUCCGAAGAUAAGCCAAAAAAUAACAUAAACACAGGAAAUAUCCUUGAAACACUUCACUUUUCAGUGUUUCGAGAGUAGAUUGGACAAUAAUAACUCAAAAACGAGCCACGCUAAUUUCCCAUGCUGGCAUUCAAUAAAAAACUAACGCUUCAAUUCAGCUUUGGAAAACAAAUAGAGUUAAUUGCUGGAAAAUAAACAAACUAGAAAAGCAGUAAAGCUGCUUCCACGGUGCAGAUAAGCCGAGAGCCUCAAAGGGAUGAUGAAUAGCCGUCGUCAGAAGAAUCCAAGGUCAGGUCAGGAGGCAGCAGAAAUUCCGAAAGACAAACCAAUAGUCAGAAGCCGGGAGUAGCCGUCAGUCAGAGGGCGUAGACAGAAGCCAGGUCAAAUUCAAUCCAAAGUCCGAAGAGGGUGCAGUCAUCCAAAACAGGUCCACGAUAAGACACAGCGAGAGCCAAGCUAGAUGAUAUCAGCAGAUUCAAAUCAUAGUCCAAGUUCAGUCUUCAAGGAAACACAGAGAUCCCAAUGGCGCCUCAGCAACACCUUGCCACACGCAAAGUGCAGUGGCCAAACAUUCCCAUUUUAUUCCCCUUCCUCCUGGGUGACCAAACACUCACACCCAAACACCAGGUGUCCCAAAUCUACUCAGAGUCUGAACUCCACACAGCUAGAGCUCGUGGAUCUGGAGUACCUAGCAAUUCGUCGGAGUCCCAAUCAUCCUGCCCACACUUAGCCCCAUGAACACUUAAAGAACUAUCCUCCCUUCUCCAAGCAUCCCAAUUGGGAUCAGCUCCUGCAGAAACCCCAGGUUCAGAAGUAUCCAUAAGCCCCAAAUCCCCAGACAUCUCCGGUGGCUGUGCCCGCUUCCCCAGCCACCACCUGUUCCUCAGCAUCCAUCUCCCCAUCUGAAUCUUCCUCAGAAGAUCCCCCAUAUAGCUCUCUAAGUCGCUUCCUGCGCAACUCCUCCAGUGAACCCUCAUCACGAGGGUUUUUUCUUCCUCUUCGAAUUCCAUCACCAUCAACCAUAAUCCCCGAAGGCGCAGUCACAACACUAUAUCUCAUAAUGCCUUGAUGUGGGCUUUCUCUGAGAGACCGCUCAGGCCCCAUUUACACUGUCAUAUAACCCAGUUUCUGAAUACACAUUAACUGCAUUGAACUUGAUUAUAUGGCAGUGUAGACUUCUACAUAAUCCAGUUCAAAGCAGUUAAUGUGCAUUCUGAAACUGGAUUAUAUGGCAGUGUAGAUUCAACCUCAGGCAUGACCAUUGCAUUGCCCCGCUGCCUGUUGUAAGAUUUCUUCUCAUUCACAGCUUGCUCCAAACAUUUCUCACUUACUGAAAAGAAAAAGAGUCUCUGACAUUCAAUCAUGUAUACAUUUCUUCCCAGUUUCCCCCAUCACUACCACACAGUUUACACCAUGUUGGUUAAUAAGGGCAUCCUGCAAAGUCUGCAUUAGCAUCAGUAGCUUGUGGCCUGCAGUGGUUUGAUUGUAGUUCCUAUCAUUCCUUACCAAAGCAACCAUGGAAGUUACAGUGUAUUAAUCUGUGGAAGGUUACAAAUUGCCCACCCUUUCUCACAUUAAGGGCUUUUUUCUUUUCUUUAAGGGGGUGGGGUGGGGGGUUUGUUAUCUGGCUUUUGCAGUUUAAAGCUAGCUUUGAACUGCAUUAAAUGAUCAGUGUAGAUAGGGCCCGAGUAAGGCUUACACUUAAGUUUGCUCGAGUUAGGACAACUACUUUCUUGAUCUAACAGAUUUUUCACAAAUUCAGUCAUUUGUGACGAAUAUUGUAAAAAGGCUACAGUUUGUACUGGGAAUCCCCAAUGGCCCAGUGAGGGUCCUUAGAAUUUAUAGUUGAAUAAUGACAAAAAUUAAAAAUAUUGUGAUAUAUAUAUGUAUAUAUAUAUACACUAGCUGUGCCCGGCCACGCGUUGCUGUGGCGAAGUAUGGUGGUAUGGGAAAUAAAGUAUUGAGGAAUUGGUGGUAGUUAAGGUAAAGGGUAAACGUUUUCCCCUGACAUUAAGUCCAGUCAUGUCUGACUCUGGGGGUUGGUGCUCAUCUCCAUUUCUAAGCCGAAGAGCCGGUGUUGUCCGUAGACUCCUCCAAGGUCAUGUGGGAUGACUGCAUGGAGCGGCGUUACCUUCCCGCCGGAGCAGUACCUAUUGAUGCACUCACAUUUACAUGUUUUCGAACUUCUGGGUUGGCAGAAGCUGGGGCUAACAGUGAGGGCUCACUCUGGUCCCCCAAUUCAAACCUGCGGCUUUUCGGUCCAGAAGUUCAGCAGCUCAGUGCUUUAACACGCUGUGCCAUCAGGGGAUAUUAUUUCCUAAAGGUUGUAAAUAUACAAUAUUUCUGAUUGUUUUUCUUGUCUGUUGGAGGCAAGUAUGAAUGCUGCAAUUAGGGAAAAUGAUUAGGAUGUAAUGGCCUUGCAGCUUUAAAGCCUGGCUGUUUCCUCCCUGAGUGAAUUUUUUGUUGGGAGGUGUUAGCUGGCCCUGAUUGUUUCCUGUCUGGAAUUCCCUUGUUUUCAGAGUGGUGUUCUUUGCGAUAUUUUAUGUGCUUCUACUGUCUGUGGCCCUAAGAAAACAGAGGAUUUGCCAGACUUUGAUGAUGGGAAGACUUUGUUGGGAGGUGUUAGCUGGCCCUGAUUGUUUCCUGUGUGAAAUUCCCAUUUUCAGAGUAUUGUUCUUUAUUUAGUGUUCUGAUUUUAGAGAUUGUAUUGUUAUAUUACACCAUUUUAGAGAUUUAUUAUACCACAUUAAUUUUUAUAUAUUCUGAUUUUAGUGUUUUUGAAUACUUGGAGCCAGAUUGUAUUCAUUUUCACGGUUGACCGCAACACAAUAAUAAUAAUAAUAACAAUAAUAGUAAUGACAGUAAUAAUAAUGACUUUGGUAAUACACAGUGCUUCACUCCCUUCUCAGCUUUCUUUCUGGAAGAAUCCUUUCUUGGGAGGUGUUAGCUGGCCCUGAUUGUUUCCUUUGUGGAAUUUCCAAUUUCCCUGCUUUCAGAGUGUUGCUCUUUAUUUAGUGUCCUGGUUUUAGCUAUUAUAUUGUUCUGCAUUAUUCUUUCCCAGUAAUUAUUUCAUAUUAAAGUAGAAUCUCACUUAUCCAACAUUCGUUCUGGAUUAUCCAACGCAGUCUGCCUUUUCGUAAUCAAUGUUUUUGUAGUCAGUGUUUUAAAUUCAUUGUGAUAUUUUAGUGGUAAAUUUGUAAAUACAGUACAGUAGAGUCUCACCUAUCCAACAUAAACGGGCCGGCAGAAUGUUGGAUAAGCGAAUAUAUUGAUUAAUAAGGAGGCAUUAAGGAAAAGCCUAUUAAACAUCAAAUUAGGUUAUGAUUUUACAAAUGAAGCACCAAAACAUCAUGUUAGACAACAAAUUUGGCAGAAAAAGUAGUUCAAUACGCAGUAAUGCUAUGUAGUAAUCUUGAGGUUGGGGGGCCUGUAGUUUUGUUGUUUUGUUGGUCGCCGUGAUGCCAUCACUCAUUUAUAUACACACACACACACACUCUUCAUUUAUUUAGAGAAUUUAUAUCCACUAUUCAGCGACAAAAGCUCCCAGAGCAACUUAUGAAUGGUUAAUUUGAUAGUUCUCUGCCCUCAGUUUUGCAAUUUAAUAAGAUACAUAGCAAACAAUGAAUAGAAAAUGACAGUAGGAGAAGAGAUAAAGUCCAUAAGUUGCUGGCUGCUCUUCUCUGCCUCAGAGGCCAGAGUAAUGUCAAUUGAAAUGUGGAGGGGGGCCUUUUACCAUCUUCUGGGGCUUGAUGGUGCUAUUUAUUAUUGAACAAUCUCCUAUCAAUUUUAGACAGGCAGUGAAGAUUGAGUACUGUUGAAUCUAUUGGAAUUUUAAACAUUUGUUGAAUGCUAAAGUAUAGUUAUAUAUCAUGCAUGGAGAAGGCUAAAUAGUGGUCAACAGAAUUAAGUGGAAUGGGAAAAAUAAAGAAAAAUAAAUCUGACAAAGUAAGGAAGAGACUAUAUAUUUUGAUUUUAUUUAUUUACCAUAUUUAUGUACAUACUGCCAGUGUCCUGAAGCUUAAAAUAAUGGUCUGAAGUUUAAUCUGAUACAGAAAUGGAAUGGAGUAUAGAAGAAAAAGAUAAAUAAGCAAUUUGGACUCCAUGGCCAUAGUAUGAUUUGUGUGGGCAGAGAGAGUGAACUAUGCUAUAGCAGUUGCUUUCAGCCAGGCUGAUGAAGAAUGCAAUAUUUCCCCCCACUUUUUGAAAAUCCAUAAUUUAUACCAGGGGUUCUCAAACUUUUAAAGUUGUGGGGCCCUAUUUGAAGAAAGCCCCAAGAAACUUUUGGACACAGGGACUGCAUUGCAUUUUAAAAUUUGACAGAUGGGCCAGGCCAGUAGCAGAUGGAUGGAGAAUAUUUGUGUGAACUAAUUGAAAAAAAUGAACACAUUCCUAUACACACUGCACAUAUCUUGUUUGUAGUGCAACCCUCUUCUGCCAUGCAUGAAAAGCACAGUCAAAGUACCCCCAACAGAUGGCCACCCAGUGUUUGUAACAGCAACUACUACUACAAGAGCAAACCCAGGAGUCAUCCAUUCCAACCCCAUUCUACCAUGCAGAAAAAGCACAUUCAAAGCACUCCCAAAAGAUGGCCACCUAGCAUUUCUAGUAAUAAUGUACCCAUUGCUGCUCAGACUAUUGGCUGUCGAUGAUACUGUUUUUAUGUUAUUGUCUUGUUGUAAUUUGUUGAUUUUAUUGAGACAUCUUUUAAUCUAUGUUUGGUUUUUAUCUUUGUUGGAUCGGGCUUGUCCCCAUGUUAGCCGCCCUGAGUCCCUUCGAGGAGAUGGAGGCAGGAUAUAAAAAUAAAGUUGUUAUUACAGUAGAGUCUCCCUUAUCCAACCUUCACUUAUCCAACAUUCUGGAUUAUCCAGCAUAGUCUGCCUUUUAGUAGUCAGUGUUUUUGUAGUCAAUAUUUUCAAUACAUUGCAAUAUUUUGGUGCUAAGUGUGUAAAUACCGUAAUUACUACAUAACGGUAUUGUGUAUUGAACUGCUUUUUCUAUCGAUUUGUUGUAAAACAUGAUGUUUUGGUGCUUAAUUUGUAAAAUUAUAACAUAAUUUGACGUUUAAUAGGCUUUCCCUUAAUUCCUCCUUAUUAUCCAACAUUUUCACUUAUUCAACGUUCUGCCGGCCUGUUUAUGUUGGAUAAGCGAGACUCUACUGUAUUAUUAUUGUUGUUGCCAUUAUUAUAUAAUAAUAAUAAUAAUAAUAAUAACAACAACAACAACAACAACAAUAAUAAGAGCAACCCCAGGAGCCAUCCGGUCUAACCCCAUUCUGCCAUGCAAGGGGCUUGCCACGCCGCACGCACGUUAGGAUUCUGUUGGCAGCACGGCGGCAAUGGGGCUCGCCAGGCCGCUCACAGGGUGGGCUCUGUAGGCCGCAUGUCAGCAGUGGGACUAUUGAGGCCAUGUGCGCAGUGAGGCUUACUGAACUGUGUGCAUAUAGGCAGGGGAGUGGAGGGCACGGGGGCCCCACAGAGCCCCUGACUGCUUCGCUGAUCCAUAAGGGCUCCGCGGAGCACAGUUUGAGAACCACUGCUUUAAAUACAGACUCAGAAAGAAAUGCUAGAAUGAAACAAUUCUUAGAUCACUGAGAUGAUUAAAGUGGCCUAAGAUGCAUCUACACUGUAGAACAUUGUAGAAUUAUACAGUUUGUCACCACUUUUACAGCCAUGGCUCAGUGCUAUGGAAUUCUGGGAGUCGUAGAUUGGUGAUAUACCAGUACUCUUGGGCAGAGAAGGCUAAAGUCCUUGUAAAACUAUAACUCCCAAGAUUCCAUAGCACUGAGCCAUAGCCAUUAAAGUGGUCUCAAAUGAUACUGAUUUCAUAGUAUAGAUAGAAUCAUAGAAUCAUAGAAUCGUAGAGUUGGAAGAGACCUCACGGGCCAUCCAGUCCAACCCCAAGCAAGAAGCAGGAAAAUCUCAUCCAAAGCACCCCCGACAGAUGGCCAUCCAGCCUCUGCUUAAAGGCUCCAAAGAAGGAGCCUCCACCACAGUCCGGGGCAGAGAGUUCCACUGCCAAACAGCUCUCCCAGUGAGGAAGUUCUUCCUGAUGUUCAGGUGGAAUCUCCUUUCCUGUGGUUUGAAGGCAGUGUUCCGCAUCCUAAUCUGCAGGGCAGCAGAAAUGAAGCUUGUUCCCUCCUCCCUAUGACUUCCCCUCACAUAUUUGUAUAUGGCUAUCAUGUCUCCUCUCAGCCUUCUCUUCUGCAGGCUAAACAUAUGCAGCUCUUUAAGCUGCUCCUCAUAGGGCUUGUUCUCCAGACCCUUGAUCAUUUUAGUCGCCCUCCUCUGGACGCUUUCCAGCUUGUCAACAUCUCCCUUCAACUGUGGUGCCCAGAAUUGGACACAGUAUUCCAGGUGUGGCCUGACCAAGGCAGAAGAGAGGGGUAGCAUGACUUCCCUGGAUCUAGACGCUAUACCCCUAUACCCUUAGUCCCUUGUGUUAGCCAUGAAAGGGAAAUAGGUAAGGAACUUUCACCGGCACAUGGCAUACUCACUUGACUGAAAAUAGGUGAGAUACUUGAAGAGUGCGAGAUGGCCAGUAACAUUUUUAUUUAUUGAAGGUAUGUAUUUCCUGUCUUUGGUUUACACCUUCAGGUGGCUUAUCAAGUGAAAUAACUAAAAUAGUAAAAGCUAUUGUCAGAUAUCGAAAGCUAUUUUAAAAAAGUCAGGGAGGAUAAAUCUACACUAAAAGGGUAUUUCUUUGACAUGGUGCAUUAUAUUGCUGCAAAAAUUCAAAACUAGUGUCAUUUUAAAAUCUUUGAAAUGCUUGAAGAUUCAUCAGAUAGAUUGUAGGGGUGUGUGAUCAAUGAAAAAAUAUUUCAAUACUUAUUACUAAAUUAGGGGUGGUGGUAAAUUCUAAUAUACUUUAUUUAUAUUUUGCUCUAUCUCUCCGAGGGGACUCAGGGCAGAUUACAGAACACAUAUGGCAAACAUUCAAUACCUUUAUACAGUUAACAAGGACAGACAGCACAUAGACAAUACAUAGACAAGAGAUGAAGGCUUUUCCCAUCUUUUUCUAUUUCUGGCAUCUGGAGUGUGUGUGCUGUUGCGCCAUCUUCCAUGCCAAGGAGCUUUGUUGUCCUUAGACGUCCUCCAGAUAGAAUUGCCUUAUGUGCGCGUUUUAUAACCUCUCCACUUUUUAGAAGCGGUACCUAUUUAUCUACUCACAUUUCUGCCUUCGAUCUACUAGGUGAGCAGGGAGCUGGGGCUGAUGGCGGGUGCUCACCCCGACUUGGACUUGAACUGCUGACCUUUCAAUUGGCAGGAUUUUCUGCAGCUUAGCAGUUUAGCCUGCUGAGCUAAGCCUGGCCCCGAAAUUGUUUCUAAAAGGUUUAGAAUUGUUUCUAAAAUGUUUCUAAAUUAUCGAAAGGGGUGUGUAUUGUAACUAUUAUGAUGUAAUGAAACGUUUGUUACUUUUUCAUUAUGUAAUUGUGCAAGUUGACAAAACUAAUGUUUGGGACUGUUGGCCAAGUCACUCCAGCACAGAUAGUAUCAGAUGCUAUAACUGAGAAGUAUUUUGCACUCACAUAAUGGUUUUGGAAAAAUAAAAAUAAAAAACAACUGCUCCCAGCAGUCACAGCAGAAUCAAGAAUAAAUUAAAUUACAGAAGUAAAAUCAAAUAAAUAUAGAAAACUCCCAGCAGUCUAGAUUCCUCCUAAUAGCAGUCAGUCACUCAGUCCUCAUAGCCUCCCUCAAUGUAGCCUAGCCAAGUGCAUGCCUACCUAACCUUAGCCUAGCCUGCUGCUCUGCUGUGCUCUCUCACUUGCUCUCCUCUCCCAUCUCACAAUGGAGGAAGCCUUGGCACUCCUUAAUUUAAAGGGGAAUGGCUCCUCCUCUCUCCCUCCCUCAGUCCUGAUCAGCUGAGAAUCAUAUCAAUGUUGGCUUCGCUUCCCUGUACAGUUUGCUUGCUCUGGAAAUUAAAACUUCAUCACAGAGAAAAUUAUCAGGCUUAUGCAACUUAUGCAAAAGUAUUGGGUGAGAGUUUUGACUUAAGUUUUUUGCAUGGGCACUGCCCACCUUCCUUAAUAUUGCAUUGUAUGCACAAAUCUAAUAAAAUAGAUACAACAUACGAAACUGAUACGAUUUUUUGCACAGCACUAAUAUAUAGUGAGCAUAUUUAUACUAUGGAUAACAGUGUUAUUGUUUUUCAUAUAUAAAUAAAUUGAAAGGUGUUAACAUACUCUGUUUCUUUAUUAAAUUACUCAAAUCAGUGAUAGUAUUGAAAGUUGUAAGCUGAGGAUCAAUUUUAACAAAAUGGAUCAAAUCAGGGAUAAAAAUGGAUCAAAGCAUUGAAGUUAGCUAUGGGUUGUCAUAUUGUGAGUCAUAAGGGCCCUUGAAACGUAGUAGCAGAUGCUUUCUUGAUACAUUGUAAAAGGACAGCUGGACUUCAGGACUUACACAGAAUAACUUGUUACUUCACUUGAUAGAAGGCAAAUAUAUAUGUUACUCCAUCACCACUUGUUUCCAUUUUGUAGCUGCAAAGCCAAAUGGUAACUUUUAGGUAUUAUAUAGCUUUUGUUUUAUAGCAUUCAUGAUACAAAAAACAAUGACAAGAACAUGUUUUUCUUAAGAUCCAGCGGGCAACACCUAAUUAGAAUGAAAAUACUCAGAAAGCACGACCUCAAUACCUUGCAGUAAAUGCACGUGAAAUAUCACAUUAUUCAGAAUCUCUAAGUGUGAUUUGUAAGAAUAAGAAUUAUGUUACAGAAGUAGAAUAGACCAUGUUAGUUCAUGUGAUGGAAUCCAAAUUUACUUUUUAAGAGUUCGAAAUACAGUAGAAUUCCUGUUAUCCAACAUAAACAGGUGGGCCAAAUGUCAGAUAACUGAAACUGUUGGAUAAUAGGGAGGCCCUAUUAUCCCUCCUGGCAAGCCUGGAGGGAAAAUGUCUCUUCCUUCUUAGCAAGCAACUGGCUUGGAGCAAUGCCCAGGGGGCUUUUCCAAGCUGAGUGCUUGGCUGGGAGGGAGGAAGCUUUUCCCUCCCGGCAAGCAACUGGCUUGGAAAGGCUGCUGUUUUUUUAGGCAGCAAUGCUGUUUUUCUAGGCAGGCAAGCGCCUGGUGCUUAUCGGGAGGGAAAAGUUUGCAGCGCCAGGCACCCUCCGGGAGGGGCAAGACGCUGGUGCAUUGGAUAAUACGGUGUGUCGGAUAAGCGGAAGUCAGAUAACCGGAACUUUACUGUACAAACAUUUGUGCUCUGCAUGUUGCUGCUGUGGGACUUUUAUGUGAGAGGACAUGCCCUUCAAUGGAAGAGGCCUCAGAAGCACUGAGAGUCAUGUAUUUCUGGUAAAGGCUAUUGCCAUUUCAAACUUUCUUGGAAGCUAAGCAGAGUCAGAUAUCAUUAUUACUUGGAUUGGAGACCACCAACAAAUACCAGGUGUUUUAAGGUAUAUUUCAGAGGAAGGAUCUGUCAAAAUCACCUCUGAGUAUUAAUUACCUAAGAAUAAUAGAAUCAUAGAAUUGGAAGAGACCUCACAGAUAUCCAGUGCAACCCCCUGCCAAGAAGCAGGAAAAUCACAUUCAAAGCACUCCCGACAGAUGGCCAUCCAGCCUCUGCUUAAAAGCCUCCAAAGAAGGAGCCUCCACCAUACUCUGUGGCAGAGAGUUCCACUGCUGAACAACUCUCACAAUUAGAAAGUUCUUUCUAAUGUUCAGGUGGAAUCUCUUUUCCUGUAGUUUGAAGCCAUUGUUGCUUCAAGUCCUAGUCUCCAGGGCAGCAGAAAACAAGCUUGCUCCCUCCUCACAUAUUUGUAUAUGGCUAUCAUGUCUCCUCUCAGCCUUCUCUUAUGUUGCUAAACAUGCCCAGCUCUUUAAGCCACUUCUCAUAGGGCUUGUUCUCCAGAGCAUGAUCAUUUUUGCAGCUCUCCUCUGGACACAUUCCAGCUUGUCAACAUCUCCCUUCAGUUGUGGUGCCCAGAAUUAGACACAGUAUUCCAGUUGUGGUAUGACCAAGGCAGAAUAGAGGGGUAGCAUGACUUCCCUGGAUCUAGACACUAUUCUCCUAUUUAUGCAGGCCAAAAUCCCAUUGGCUUUUUUUGCCGCUGCAUCACAUUGUUGGCUAAUGUUUAAUUUGUUUUCCAUGAGGACUCCAAGAUCUUUUUCACACGUACUGCUGUCGAGCCAGGGGUCCCCAUUUUGUAUCUUUGCAUUUCAUUUUUCUGCCCUGUUGAACUUCAUUUUAUUAGUUUUGGCCCAUCUCUCUAAUCUGUUAAGAUGGUUUUGAAUUCUACUCCUGUCUUCUGGAGUACUGGCUAUCCUAAUUUGGUGUCGUCUGCAAGCUUGAUGAUCAUGCCUUCUAACUCUUCAUCUAAGUCAUUAAUAAAGAUGUUGAACAGAACUGAGCCCAGGAUGGAACCCUGUGGCACUCCACUCAUCACUUCUUUCCAAGAUGAAGAAGAAGCAUUGGUGAGCGCCCUUUGUGUUUGUUCAUUUAACCCAGGGGUCCCCAAACAUGCGGCCCAUCGAAGCCAUUUAUCUGGCCCCUGCGGCGGUGGCGGCUCCCUCCUUCUCCGUUAAGGAAGGCACGUGUGGCGUGUAUGCCUUUCCCGCCUCCUCCCUCACCUGGUGCGCGCCUUCUAAAGCUUUGCUUGUUUAUAAUGGUAUUUUAAUUAUUAUUUAAUUAAUUAUUAAUUAUUAAGGGGUGCUUUGCCAGUGCUUUUGGUGCACAAAGGCAAAAAGGGUUGAACUAAAUGGCCAAAGGGGUAUUUUCCAAUCCUUAUUAUUGUUGUUGUUGUUGUUGUUGUUGUUGACACAAAGACACAGUAUAACACAGCAAACGAGAUUUAUACAUGCUUGAUUUUGUAUCAUAAAAUCACAAAUUGAACACUUCCCCAGCAUUUAGGACUGUGUGAUGUAUGAUGAUUAACAACAUUGAGGCUGGGUGGCCAUCUGUCAGGGGUGCUUUGCUUGUGCUUUUUCUGUACAAAGGCAAAAGGGGGUUGGACUAAAUGGCCCAAGGGGUCUCCUCCAACCCUCCUUAUUAUUUUUAUUAUGAUUAUGAUUGUUAUUGAGGCUGUAUUUGUUUCCAUUUUUUUUUACUUCAAAAUAAGAGAUGUGCAGUGUGCAUAGGAAUUUGUUUAUAGUUUUUUUUCAACUAUAAUUUGGCCCUCCAACGGUCUGAGGGAUCGUGAACUGGCCCCCUGUUUAAAAAGUUUGGGGACCCCUGAUUUAACCAAUUACAGAUCCACCUAACUGUAGUUUUGCCUAGCCCACAUUUGACUAGUUUGUUUGCCAGAAGGUCAUGGGUGAACUUGUCGAAGCCUUUACUGAAAUCCAGAUAUGCUACAUCCACGGCGUUCUCUGUAUCGAUGCAGCUUGUAACUCUAUCGAAGAAAGAGAUCAGAUUAGUCUGUUAUGACUUGUUUUUAAUAAAUCCGUGUUGACUAUUAGUGAUGACUGCAUUCAUUUCUUAGUGUUCGUAGACUACUUCCUUAACAGUCUUUUCCAGAAUCUUGCCUGGUAUCAACGUGAGGCUGACUGGGACUUCUCCUGUUCUCCAAGAACUCUCAAAGAUUUCCAGUGGUUCUUAAAUAACUUCCGCUGCUGCUGCUCAGCCAUUUAGUUGUUUCCGACUCUUCGUGACCUCAUGGACCAGUCCACGCCAUAGCCCCCUGUCGACCGUCACCGCCCCCAGUUCCCUCAAGGUCAAGCCAGUCACUUCAAGGAUACUGUCCAUCCAUCUUGCCCUUGGUCAGCCUCUCUUCCUUUUUCCUUCCAUUUUCCCCAGCAUCGUGAUCUUUUCCAAGCUUUCCUGUCUCCUCAUGAUGUGGCCAAAAUACUUCAACUUUGCCUCUAAUAUCCUUCCCUCCAGUGAGCAGCCGGGCAUUAUUUCCUGGAGGAUGGACUGGUUGGAUCCUCUUACGGUCCAAGGCACUCUCAGGAUUUUCCUCCAACACCAGAGUUCAAAAGCGUCUAUCUUCCUUAUGGUCCAGCUCUUGCAUCCAUAGGUUAGUAUGGGGAAUACCAUUUCUUUGACUAUGCGGACCUUCGUUGCCAGUGUGAUGUCUCUGCUCUUCACUAUUUUGUCAAGGUUGGCCAUUGCUCUCCUGCCAAAGAAGUAAACGCCUUCUGAUUUCCUAGCUUCCUUCAAUACUCUUGGAUGUAGUUGAUCCGACUCUGGGGACUUCAUUUAGAGUGGCCAAGUAUUCCUGGACAACUUGUUUCCCUAUUUGGGGUUGGAUUUCCCCUAAUCCUUCAUCCACUCCAUGUUGCUGAGGUUGAGGCUGGCUUUCUUUUUGUGAAAAGAUUGAGGCAAAGAAGCAUUAAGUAGUUCUGCCUUUUCCCUAUCCCCUGUCAUUAUUACCCCAUCUUCUCCUCGCAGAGGACCUAUUACCUCCUCCCUUUUUCUACCGAUGUAAGCAAAGAAGCCUUUUUAUUGUUUUUAAUGUCUCUGGCAAGCCUGAGCUCAUUUUGCGCUUUAGCCUUGCAAACCUUUUUCCUACAGGAGUUGGUUAUUCAUUUGAAUUCUUCUUUGGUGAUUUCUCCCCUUUUUCACUUCUUGUGCGUGUCUCUUUUGAGUCUUAGCCCAGUUAGGAAUUCUUUGGACAUCCAUUCUGGCUUCUUCGCUCUUGUUUUAUUUUUAAUUUGUUGGCACUGCUUGCAUUUGUGCAUUGAGUAUUUCACUUUUGAAAAACUCCCACCCGUCCUUAACUCCCUUGUCUUUUAAUAUUGGUGUCCACGGAAUGCUGCUCAGUAUUUUCUUCAUUUUUUGGAAGUCAGCUCUCCUAAAGUCCAAAAUGUGGGUUUGACUUAUCUUAGUUUCGGCCUUCCUUUGUAUCGCAAACUGCAGGAGCACAUCGUCGCUUGCCCCUAAGGAUCCGACCACUUCGACUGCAUUGAUCAAGUUCUCCAUGUUGGUUAGGAUGAGAUCGAGAGCAGCUGAUCCCCUUGUUGCCUCUUCUACCUUCUGGACCAUAAAAUUGUCUGCUAGAAAACUCUAUGAAAACAAUGGAGUUACCAUAAUGUGAUGUCUCAUGGGCCUUGUAGUCCCGUUCCUAGUACUAUUGUGGCAGAUGAGGAGGAAAACAUGGGAUUUCCACUGGUUCAGCCAGAAUCGGAGCCUCUGUACCUGGAGGAUGUUUGCCCUCAAGAAGUCAGCCAAACAAGCCUUGGGCAGAAUUCUCCCCCGUUUUCUCAUCGGGACAAUUAUAAUAGAGAUAGAGGAACUAGGGAGGCGAAUCGCCGGAGCGCCAGAAUCGCAGCCAAACAAUUAGCUGAUUAGGUCUGCUUCCCUUGGGAAAUUCUAAGGAGUCAUGCAUCUGGACACAGUUUGGGUUUCACUUCUUGUUCUCCAGGGAAAGUGUUCCUUGGUGGGAAAACAAGAUCCUAUAUAGGUGUUUUGCCGCAAGGGGAAUCUUGCGGAGUCAAUUCGUCAGCUCGAGGAGUGAGAUCGUGUGUGGACUCCAGUUCCUUGUUUCCCAGUUCAAGUCUGCCUUGUUCCGCGUUUGCCACGGACCUUGUUUUUGCUCUUGUUGCCUUGCUUCAAGUCUUGUUCUAGCCAAGUAUCAAGUUUGCUUUCCAGCCUAGUUGCCAAGUUUCAAUGGACUAAAGGACCUUGUCUUCUCCCCACACUUUGCUUGGCAAAGUGUGUGUUUCGGUUAUUGGAUUAUAACUUUGGACUCUAAUAUCACAUAUUGGACAUUAUUUUCCUGGACUAUAUUUGACCUUUCCUGAAAGGUCUACUUCUGAACUAUAUUCUUCACCUGUUUUUAUUGACUUUAUAUUUUCCUUUAAUAAAGAUAUUAGAUAGAAUCUGGCCUCUGCGCAUGGUUAUUGGUGCUCUGUAGCCUGGGUCCUGACACAUAAGUCUGCAAGUGACUUAAAGGCAUAGAUUUACAAACACCUCUUUUUAUCUUUCUGGCUUUCCCCUUUGCUUUUCCUUUCCUCCUAUGAUUAUAUCAGCAGUAUGUUCAUCUAAGAUUUACUUACAAUGUCCAUUAGAUGUCACUGUUUUACAAAAUAAAUCCUUUAUCCGGUAGUGCUGCACCAGGAAAGCAUAAACAACUUUUAGUGGAAUCUAUCUAUUGUUUAUGUGUUUUACGGUGAAAUACAAAUAAAAUUUUUAUUUCUUUUGCUCAGUUCAAUCUUGCCUAGGAAAUAAUGAAAAAAAUAGGAAUGUUAUAUGUAACUAAAUAUCGAUUGCCUAAUAAUUUAUUUUAAGUAACAAAAUCUUUACGCUUUCAGAUAUAAAGAUUUUUUAUUGAUACAGGUGACCUGACAUUGAGUUAUAGGUUUUUAUGAAUCAAAAUUAAAUUGUAUAUAAUAUGUUAAUGUUGUAAAAUCCAAUUAUUGCAUACAGUGCAUUAUUUUACCAAGUAAUUUAGAGGUACAGCCUAAAUUCACUGCCUUCCUAUUUAAUGCCAAUAAUAUCAAGCUGUGAAAGCAGUUGAAUCAUUUCAGGGAUUUUUCAGGUAAGGCUAGUUAAAGGGAGAAGUCUUCAUCAGAGAAAAAGGACAGUUAGUAAGAAUGAUUAACUUCAUAGGCAGUGGAACGUUUUGCCUUCCACCCCUAAGUUUUACUCUACAUCUCCUUUGUUUCUCCAUCAAUGGGAUACAGCUAUUUCCUAUAGACGUAUCUUUGCUUUUGCAAGUUUGCAUAUAGCUUACUUUCUUGCAAAAUAGAUUCUUCUGGAUGCUUCUGGUGCUUUACUGUGUGGCAGGAAUCCGGAUUAGUGAGCUUCAUAUUGUGAAACAGGUCAGAAAAUUGAGCUUGUGGCUUACAUGUGACCCCAAAGAUCAUUUUUGAAGGCCUCCAAGAAGUCAACUUCAGUUUCUCUUCAUGAUUAAAGAUUUCUUUUGGCCUGAAACAUUGUUAGAACAGAAUGAGUCAGAAACAUGAAAUUAUGGAAGAAAAAUACUACUGUAUUGAAGAGUGUGGAGAUAUUUUUAGUUUUAAAAAUAAAAAUCCCUGACUAUAAUAUGGUAAUAUGGGUUUUUACAUGCACCCCCUCCCCUCCAUGCAGCAAUUGCUUACCUCUGAAAGAGUGAUGAUUCUAUCCAGAGCAACAAAGGUGGAAGAUUUAACUUGUAAGUGGAUAUUUAACAAUAACAGUAAUCACAGAAAUUAACAAGGAAAAUCCAGUUAUAAGACUAUAAAUCAAAUAGCAAAUAUCCUAACAGUCAUCAAGACCUGAUACUUGAAACCUCCAAAACAUGUUUUGUUACAAAAUUUCUGUGUGAACUGUAUCUACAUAACAUGAUAUUUAAGAAUAUCAGCCACUUUUAAUAUACAUUUCUCUUUUCACAAACAAAAAAUAUAUAUUUUACAAAGUCUGUAUUUCACAUUGGUUAUAGCUUUUGCCAAUAGAUAAAGCUACCAGUUGCUCAGUGCAAACAUUCCAUCUGAUGAUUGGAAGCAGACCAAUUGCAGAAUAAAAGCCUUAUCUGGAAACACCAGUUGUCAAUUUAAGAUCUAGUUUAGGAAUAAUAUUGAAUGGAAAGCCUUCCCUUAAGUAGCAUACAGAGUUGGGGAAAUCCAUCCUUUUUCCAUCACUGAUGGUGAUUUCAUGGGGGUGAUUAAAAGUUUUUGUUAGCACUGACUCAGAUUUUGGAGAGGCUCUUGGUGGACCAUCAAAUUUCCUCCUCCUCCCUAUUGAUGGUGCCCUUUAGUAUGUCUAGCAAAGAAGACAAGGUGCAUAGAAAAUAUUGUUUCUUCUCCUUUUCUUGCUGCUUUCUCGUUGGGAGACAAGUGGUGACCAGUCAGCAGCAGGAAGAUCAGUUUUCAUACAAUCUUAUUUCAGAAAGAUUAUAAAACUGGAACAAUCAAAAGCAAAAUAAGUGUAGUAGCACAUUUUUCUGUAAAGAGGCUGUAUAGACACAGAGAAUUUUCAUCUUUGGAAAUAGACCCAGUGAGAUAGGAGGGAUUAAUGACAAAAUGUGCAUCAAUCAUGUAAUAUUUCAGUGGCCCCAAGGGGAAGCAGGCUAGAUGAUGAUAAAACUAUGAACUACUUAGAUAGAAAGAAGUAUUUCAUACACUCUGGCUAGAAGCCAUUAGUGGUUUUGCACGAGGAGAGAGCACUCUCACUAACACAAGACAGGGCUAUUUUUUCAAGAUUCUCUUAUUUCUUCCUAAGUCUUAUAAACUUGCUAUUGAAGAUUGGGAGGCAGGGGGGUGCAUAGUGCCUAAAUAUCUUAAAGGCAGCCAGGUCCUGCCUGAUCUUAGAAGCUAAAAAAGGAGGAACUAAUAAAACCACCUCUGAGUACUUCUUACUGAAGGAACCUCUAUGAUAUUGCUGUAAGUGCAGAGCCAAUAUGAAGGCACAUACACACAUGGAAAGCCACCAUUGAACACAAUCCUGUUUUGUGAAAGUGAUUAGUGAUAGAUUCAGGACAUACAAUAGGAUAUUAUGAUCUACACAAUUAUCAUUAAUUUGUGCAAGCAAUAACCAUGACAGGCAAAAGGAAUCUCUUUAUGGUUUCCUCUGAGAACAUAUAUUUUCUGAGAAAAACAUAAAAAUAUAAAAACAUGGCAGUGCUGCCUUGCUUUCAAGCUUGCAAGCUAACGUCUCUGGGAAAAACAAGACUGAGCAACACAAAUCUUUGAAUGUCUUUCAACUGAGACUGUUUUCACACAAUACUGUAGCAUAAGUGCUCACUGAGAAAGGAAGAAAAAGGGAUGUGUGGCCAGCUGUAAAGUCAGGCCUCAGCUAUCAAUUGCUACCUGGCAGCAUCCAUUCAACCAGACUUUAGGAGAAAGAAAGAUUAUCUUAUUUUUUUACUGAUGUAUAAGUUACUUGUUUGGUUAAAAGGGAAUGGAGGUGAAAAUUGGUUGAAACAACAAGACUUUAGUUCAUAUUUACAUUUGAUCAGUUGUAUAUAAACUUGAUCCAGUUGUAUAUAAAAGCAAAUAAAGAUUUUCCCCCUUUUUUUCACAUUCCUGUAAGUAUCUGCCAGCUGAACAUUUGAAAGUUUCGUUCUUUUACUGGUUUGCAGAAGUUAUGGAUCCCCUUGACCGAAAUCCAAUUGUUAGUCUUAAUUAAAGUGGACAUAUUGAAUCAUUGGAACUUACAUCAGUGAUGGUUUACCAAGUUCCCACUGUCUUGAAUUAUUCUUGUUAGGACUAGUAAUUGGGUUUAGGUAUUUAUGUGUUUGUGUGAAUAAUAAUAAUAAUAACAAUAAUAAUAAUAAUACUUUAUUUAUACCCCGCCACCAUCUUCCCAACGGGGACUCGGGGCGGCUUACAUGGGGCCAUGCCCAGAACAAUACAAUAUAACAGAAUAUAGAAAGAACAACAAAUCAUAAAGCUCAUCUUUGUAUGCUUAGACCAGCGUUUUUCAUCCUGGGGGUCGGGACCCUUGGGGGGUCACAAGGGAAGUGUCAGGGGUUGCCAAUAUUUUCUGUUAGUUUGGGGGGUUCAGUGUGGGAAAUUUGGCCCAAUUCUAUCGCUGGUGAGAUUUAAGGGGAUCUUUGAUUUAGGUGAACUAUAAAUCCCAGCAACUACAGCUGCCAAAUGUCAAAGUCUGUUUUCCCAAAAAAAACUCCACCAGUGUUCAAAUUUGGGCAUAUUGAGUAUUUUUGCCAAGUUUGGUCCAGAUCCAUCAUUGUUUGAGUCCACAGUGCUCUCUGAAUGUAGGUGAACUGCAACUCUAAAAUUCAAGGUCAAUACCCAUCAAACCCUUCCAGUAUUUUCUGUUGGUCAUGGGAGUUCUGUGUGCUAAGUUUUGUUCAGUUCCAUCGUUGGUGGAGUUCAGAAUGCUCUUUGAUUGUAGGUGAACUAUAAAUCCCAGAAAUUACAACUCCCAAAUGACAAAAUCAAUCCCCUUCCAACCCCACCAGUAUUCAAAUUUGGGCAUAUCAGGUACAGUAUUUGUGGCGAAUCUGGUCCAGUGAAUGAAAAUAAAUCUUGCAUAUCAGAUAUUUACAUUACAAUUUAUAACAGUAGCAAAAUUACAGUUAUGAAGUAGCAAUGAAAAUAAUUUUAAGGUCGAGGGUCACCACAACAUGAGGAACCGUAUUAAGGGGUUGCAGCAUUAGGAAGGUUGAGGACCACUGGCUUAGACAUUAUGCGGAAUGCUGAGCAAGAGCUGUUAAAAGAAAAUGUUUUUUUAAAUGAUCUUGUAACUCAUACCAAGUACAAUUGGGAUAACAAAUACCUUUAUAAGCAACUAGUUAGCUGUUUAUGUUACAAAGCACUAACUUGGCAAAGUUUGGUGUAAUAUUACUGAUGUAAAAAUGGUCAGGACUACAAAAAGUACCAUGUUAUUACUGUAACUUUAAUUGAUUAUAGCAUUAUGUGAAGUGUAUUUUACAUCUUUCGCAAUUUGAGAGGCUACAGCUUUGGAAAUUUAUGGAAGAAAAUGGCAACUAGAAACGAUGUAGGCCCCCCGCCAAAAAGGUCUAAGCCAUCUAUAUUUAGAUGACAGAAGUUCAACCCAACAUAGUUCUAUAUUGAAACAAUCAAUAACAAUUUGGUCUUGCUUGGAAUGAAGCAGAGACUGUUUCAAGCCAUCUAAGAUUGAAUUUCAGUCACUUAGACAGCAGAGAUGCUGCCAUAACAGACUCCAAGGUUUUUGAAAAGGAGACAUGGUGCAUGUAUUGAUGGAAGCCAAGUUAUAAUAGCAACAAAAUGAUAUAAUGAAAUAAAAUGUAUUUCUAUGAAUAUUCAAGCAUUUUUCCAUUUUGUUGUAAUGCAAAAUCACAGAAGGCAGGAAGGGAUUAUGUACUCUAAUGGCUUUUUGCUUAAAAGGAAAAUGGAUGUAACACAUCUGUUAUGAUAACCUUGGAAACUGUAUUUUGUCUCUAUCAAAAGUUUAAAAAAUGAAAAUCUUUUUGAAAAUCUUUCCUUCUGAACCAUUUUUCAGCCAUGGCAGGGCAGUGAUGUUGCAUAAUGCUUCUAGCCUUUAAACUAUGUGUUUUGAAAGCUUGUAAUAUCUUCCUCAGUAAUACACAAAUGAUAUGGUUGCUGUUAGAGGAUUCUCUUCACUCGUGCCAUGCGGAAAAGCAGCACACUAGGUCACGAGUUACUGAAAUUGCAACACUCGGGAAUAUACUCGGAAAUGUAAUAUUUCAGUAUUACAAGGCUGAGAGGGGAAUGCAAAGAAAUAUUGUUGUCCCUCCAUAUUGACUGAAAUAAUUUGCAGUUUUUCCACUUUCACAGGGGUAACAGGGUUCUUAUGAAAGUGGAAAAAUUGCAAAUAAAAAAAAAUAACUUUUUACCUCUAGGAAUCUCUAGGCCCUCCAGAGGGGACUCUAUGGUCAGCUUCUGCUAGAAUAAUCAAAUCAGCAAAGGUUCGGCCCACAAAUUUGGAGGGCCAACUGUAAUUGCCACUCUCCUUGCUGUCACUAGUACAUUAUAGCUUUUUAAAGAGUUUAUUUGGAUAAAUUCAAGAACUAAGUAUUGCUACCAAACUAAUGGACAGACUUCUGGAUUUUGAAAGUUGUUUAUCUUCCAGUUCACGAUAGUUUUGCUUCCCUCUUCUGAAAUAGGGCUUCUCAAACUGUUCUCCGCGAAGCCCUUGGGGCUCCACAAGUUAUAGUCAGGGGAUCUACGGUGCCAUGCUGCUUCCCGCUGCCUCCUCUUUCUUCCUCCUCCUGAGAAAUGCAGAGAAAUGAAAAUUUGGAGCUGCCAAAACAGCAGCAGCAGCAUUGUCCUCUUGGGGCACAGACUGUUUCUCCCCCUCCUCCCAGACUCUUUUUCUCACUGCCCAGACCCUCCCUUCACCUUCUUUGCUUCCAAAACCCUACUUCUCUCCCACUGCUCAGGGGCCCCUGGGGUUUCUGCUAUUAUUAUUAUUAUUAUUAUUAUUAUUAUUAUUAUUAUUAUUAUUGUAGAGUCUCGUUUAUCCAACAUAAACGGACUGGCAGAAUGUUGGAUAAGCAAAAAUGUUGGAUAAUUAGGAGGGAUUAAAGAAAAGCCUAUUUUCCUUAAUCCCUCUGUGAUGCCUAGGGCACCUUUGACCCAGGACCCUGUGCCAUUUCCUGACCAGGAAGAAGACGAUUUGGGUUUUCUCCCAAGCCAGCAAGUUUCAACACCCUUCCAGAUGCCUCAUGUUGACAUUUCCAAGCCAGAGCCAAUUAAGGAUGCCCUUGAAACAAUGCCAGCUCUCCCAGAUUCUCCGGAAAACUUGGUGUUUGAUAGAAGGGCAUUUGUGUAUUCAGACAGGUCAAAUAGACAGAGGCUCCGGAGGAGCGCCAAAUUAGCAGAGCGUGGUGAUUAUAGUUAAGCCCAAUUCUCUUGGGAAGAAGUGGGGAGUUAGGCACCUGGGGUAAUAACUGUAACAAGCUCAGUUCUUUUGGGAAGUUUUUGGGAGUUAAGCACCUGCUUGGGGGAGCUUAUAAACUUCAAUAAAAGUGUUGUGUUGAGAGCUUGCCUUUGCGGUGACAACUUUACAUCUCACUGAGAAACAUCUACUCUCGAGUAGACCGGGCGCCGGUCUACCUCCUUGCCAAGUUUGGACUGCGUUUCAGCUCCAGAACUCCUAGUUCAUGCCUUGCCCUGAAAUCCUGUCUUUGGACAUUAAUCAAGAGAACUUUUCUUGCUACUUGCUCUUUUCCCCCACUCAAAACUCAGGCGGAGUUUGAGUGUGUUUCGGUUUCUGGAUUUUGAACUCUAAUACUGGACAUAAGACUUAUAAUUAUUGGACAAAAACUGAUCUUUCCUGAAAGGUCAAUUGCUUCUUCAACUUUGCUGCUUAAUUCCUUUUGGAACCUUAUUUGCUUUAAUAAAGAUAUUAUAUUGUUAUUGGUCUUUGUUUUUGUUUUCAGUGCUCCAGCUGCCUCGGGCGUAACACCCUCCUUGCAGGCUGGACGCUGUGCCCAACAGGAAAAGUCUACACUGGGCGCUUGCCAGGAGAGGUGAGACACGGCCAGUACAGGCUGGACGCUGUGCCCAAUGGGAAAAGUUUGCACUGGUUGCGUCUCGCCCCUCCCAGCUGGUGGCCAGCAUGCAGCAGGCCUCUCUACCUGCCAGGGACCUGCCAGGAGGGGCGGACUCUGUGCCCAACAUGAAAAGUCUGUUCUGGCCACGUCUCGCUGCUCCUGGCGGGUGCCGGCAUUCAGCGAGGCCCGUUGUGCAUUGCUGCCUAAAGAAACAGCUGUGGAUCCUGGCGGGAGGCAGACUACAUUGGAUAAUACAGAACAUUGGAUGAGCGAAGGUUGGAGAACUAAGACUGUUCUUUAUUAUUAUUAUUAUUAUUAUUAUUAUUAUUAUUAUUAUUAUUAUUACAAAGUCUGGAUGACCAUCUGUUGGGAUUAUUUGAUUAUGCUUUUCCUGCAAGCCAGAAAGCGGUUAGACUGGAUGGCCCCUAUCGUUGCUCCUAUUACUACUACAAAGGCUGGAUGGCCAUCUGUAGAGGGUGCUUUGAUUAUGCUUUUACGGCAUGGCAGAAAGUGGUUGGGCUGGAUGGUUCUCAGGUCUUCCAUUGAAAUACUGCUAAGUUUAUGUUGGUUAAAAUCGUUUUUCGCAUUAAAUAUUGUAUUGUUCUUUCUUUCCUUUUGCACUUCAUAUGAGAUAUGUGCAGUGUGCAUGUUUUUUCAAUCGGUCCACACAAACACUGUCUACCCAUCUGUCACUGGCCUGGCCCAUCUGUUAAAUUGUAUAAUGCAACGUGGCCCCUGUGUUGAAAAGUUUGCCCUUGCCUGAUAUCUAUCUAUCUUAUCUAUUUAUAUAUAUAAAAAGCUUCUGACUAUUUAUACUUUAAUUAAAACAGUGAAACUACACAACCCAAAACCACGAAACUUGGCAACAAAAGACAUGGUCCUCCCCGCUGUGUUUAGAUAGCAAAAUGAAAAAAAAACUGCAAGUCCCUCAAAAUCCCAAAAAACAGGAAAACUCCAUGUGCGCAUGCGCCAAGCAGCCCCUCCCCCCUCCCGAGAAACUCCAAGGCUGACACAACACUGCCUGAACCCCAAGGGAGCCGUUAAAAUCAUUACUGUCCUUGCCUCCAUGGCUCCAGACAGGAGGAAACACAGAGAAGCAAGUCUGGCAAGGGAGGGAGGGGGAACACAAAAGCCCUAUCUUCCCUUUCAUUUCCUGUCCUUCCCUCCAUGGCCUUCAUGGCUCUGGAGAGGAGGAAACACAGAAAAGCAAGUCCGGCCGGGGGGGGGGGAUAGACAAGAGCGGGCGGGCUGCUGGGCAGAGGGAGGGAAAACGGAAGAGCCUAGAGCGAAGAACAAGUGCCGGCUUUGCUUGAGUUUCACCUCACUUCCUUGCCAGGCGCGCUCCGACUGCCGGCGCCUCAGACCCGCUCUUCCCGUUGGCUGCGGGCCUUCUCCCUGCCGAGGGAAGGCUACGGUGCUCGCCCGUGGCGUCCCACCUUCCCAACAGGGACCAUGGGCAGAGGGCUCCCCCCCAUUGGCGCUUUGGACAUCAGAAAAGUGCGGGGGCAGAGGCGUAGGGCCCAGAGACCGGCUGGAGGCACCAUGUAACGGCAGCCAAAACAGGAGGCGGAGACAGAAGAGGAGAAGGAACCCCUGCUGCUCACCCAGGAGCGGAAUUUUGCCAAAUCUUUGGCUAGGCAGUUGCCCUCGUCAAGUGGAACAUGUGACUGUGAAGCUAAAACAUGAGUUGGGCAUUACAGCUAUCAUGAACUUCCAGACUGAGUGGGAUAUUGUUCAGAAUUCUUGGGGAUGCAACCGCUAUCCAGAACCAAUGAGCCCAGAAGUUCUCAUGAAGCUAUAUAAAGAAGAAGGCCUUGCUUAUGUCUGGAUGCCAACACCAGACAUGAGUACUGAAGGUAGAGUACAGAUGUUGCCCCAGGCUGUUUGUCUUCUGCAUGGGCUGCUGGAGAACGGACACACUGUCUAUGUUCAUUGCAAUGCAGGUGUGGGCAGGUCUACAGCUGCCGUCUGCGGCUGGUUGAAAUAUGUGUUGGGAUGGAACUUGAGGAAAGUGCAGUAUUUUGUGGCUUCCAGGAGAGCAGCAGUCUACAUUGAUGAAGAAGCUCUUGUACGUGCUGAGGAGGAUUUUUUUCAGAAAUUUGGGCCUCUUCGUUCCUCAUGCAAGCCUUAGUAAGAGGACAUAAAGGGAACUGUUGCCAAAAUCAUGUGAGAAAUUGUGCAGCUAGCUCUAAGAAAUACUGUUGUUGCCUAAAGAAAUAAUGUGGUACUGAUAUGGAUGACAAUGAUGAUUAUGCCUUCUGAGCUUUACAUUUUGAUCACCCAAAACAAUUAAGCAUAAGAGCUUCAAGUUGUCUGUAUAUGUGUGCAGCAAACAGGACUGUGAUUGGAUAGCCAUUUUAGCAAAGGAAUGAUCACGUCAGUUAGGGGUUUGGCACAUUAAUUAGCUGUUUAAGAGGGGAAGCACGAGGAACUAAAUCCAGUUCCCCUUUGUUUCACAACUAGCUAAUCAAUACUAUUAGUACAUUUUCUUUUGUCUCAGAGGACUAUAGGUAUGUAGGAGAGCCAAGUAAAGCUCAAAAUUGCAUUUUAGUUAUUAUUUAUUUGUUUGCUUGCUUUUAAAGAAAUGACGAACACAGUCUGCUGAGAUAAACUGCAUUUCAAAACAAAUACAAAUUAAAACAUUGCAAACAGACUUAAUAUAGAGAAAUACUCAAGCAGUGAAAGAGGUUCUGGCACUCAGUCUAGCUUUGCUGUCAAAAGCCUGUCUGGAUAAAAGUUACUUGCUUAUCAGUGGAAUGACAGUGAAGGAAACCAGCCUGGACUCCCUUGACAGACACUUAAAAAAUCUGAGAAACUCCUCCUUGUGUCCCCAUUUGACUGCUAUGGUUCAAAUCUGUGGAAUCAUAUAGUUUUAUAAGACCUUUAGCCUUCUCUGCCAAAGAGUGCUGAUAUGUAUCCCAAAAUUCCAUAGCAUUGACCCGUGGUGUCAAGCUGCAUUAAGUCUUCAGUAUAGAUGCUCACUAUGUCUUUAAGCAUAGUGAGAGGUUGAGAAUAGCCUGGUCCCAAAUAGUUUUGGUUUUGAAUAUGCUGAUCUUAGAUUGUUUAGAUUUUAUAGGUGACAACUAGUACAAUAGAUUCACAGUUUACUGGAACCAAGCACCCAGAACUCUCAUGCAACCAGCCCACAAAAUUGAAUGAACACUAAAUUCACAAACCUGUUUUUAUAAAACAGUAAUACUAUGUUACAUUAAGUUUGUCAUUAUUUGUUUUAAUUUGUUUUUAAUUAUUGUAUUUUAAUAUCAAUAUCAAGUCAAUGCAGAGUUUAGGGUAUGGCAUGGUAUGGAGUGUAGUAUUAGGCCUGUUUCUGAUAGUAACUCCCAAGUGGGCCUUCUCGGUGGCUGCCCCUCAACUCUGGAAAUCCCUGGCCAGAGAAACCAGAAUGGCCCCCUCCCUGCUGUCCUUCAGGAAAUCCCUGGCCAGAGAAACCAGAAUGGCCCCCUCCCUGCUGUCCUUCAGGGGGUAGGCUAAAACCUUUAACUUUGUAUAUGCUUUGAAUAUGUUUUAAUGAUUUUUAAGUGUGAAUUUUUAAUACUGUUAAUUCUGUUUAAAUGUUUGCAUGUUUGAAUAUUUUAAAUUGUGUGCUAAUGCUUUUAUGUUAGCCACUUUGAGUCCCUUCAGGAGAGAUAAAGUGGGGAUAAUAAUAAUAAUAAUCAUUAUCAUCAUCAGUCCGACAUGUACCAAUCCCUAUGGGUGCUGCUUAAUUGAGAGUUUACUGUACUUUAAACCCUGAAAUAGACUACCGUGUUUCCCCGAAAAUAAGACAGUGUCUUAUAUUAAUUUUUGCUCCCAAAUAUGCGCUAGGUCUUAUUUUCAGGGGAUGUCUUAUUUUUUCAUGAAGAAGAAUUCACAUUUAUUGUUGAACAAAAAAAAUGAACAUUUAUUAUAUACUGUACAGUAGUUGUCAUCACAAACCAGCAUAACCAGACAAACUGUGAAUCCUAUCAAGAAUUUCUUGUUACUACCAAUAUUUCCAUGUACAACACUCUAUAGUACGUACAUUUACCGAUCCUGCAUGCUCUGGUGUUCUGUUCGGCGGGCAUGCUUCCAAACAAAAACUUUGCUAGGUCUUACUUUCAGGGGAGGCCUUAUAUUUAGCAAUUCAGCAAAACCUCUACUAGGUCUUAUUUUCUGGGGAUGUCUUAUUUUAGGGGAAACAGGGUAGUGACUGGUGUAAAAGGGCAUUAACACUUGAAUUGAAAGAAAAUGGAAUGCUUCUCUAAGGAAGUGGUUAAAACCCAGUAAACCUUAACAAAUUCUAUUUCCCAAAACUGGACAGUCUAGAUUAUUUGUUCCUUUCAAAACCUUCAUCAGAAAAAUUUGCAAAUAGAAAAAAAGUGGAAUUUGUUAGGGAAGAAAAUAGUAUGUUAGCUUUCAUUUACAUAUAUCUUUCUGAUGCAUGAAUAAUAUUUUCUCUGACUUUGUGUAAAUUGAUUUUUAUUUUGAACCAAAGAUUUCAGAACUAAUUUCUAUUUUGUAUAUUUAAAAUGAUCUAGAAAUUAAAAAGGACAGUUCUGUUGAGUACACUUAAUGUAUUUAAAAGAGUUAUUUUUGUUGGAUUAUUAGAUUACUGGGAUUGGAAUUUAUUUGUUAUAUUGUUUCAGACAAUCUCAAAAAAGGAACGUAUUUUGGGGUGCCAUGCCCAGCUGUUAAGAUAAAUGAUGCAGGAGCGCUUUGCUUAUACUGCAUAAGCAGCAUUCUGCCUCUUAUAAAGCACUUUAUGUUCUUAGUGGGGAUAUUUUACAUGGAAAGCCUGUCUACCUGAUGUAGGGAUUAAGUGGAUCAAAACAACAAUGACCAUUGUCUCUUAAAGGUAGAAUACAUGGUAUAGGUGUGAAGCAUCCAAGCUCAAGACAUAAUUUUUUAAAGAUAUGAUUAAAGAAAUGAUUUAAAGAUAUCAAUCAUUUCAAUUAUACUGGAGUCAAACUUUUACUUCAGUUUCUCAAAAUAACUAGAAGUAUUUUAGUUAUCAUUGCAAAAUAAAUUGGAAUGGUACCAAAGUAACUUAGAAAUUACAGUUAUAGCACAAAAGGAACAAUGUUAUCUCUAUUUAAGUCAUAAUGUAGAUAUACAUUCUUGUUAAGAAAAUGAAUUAAUGAAAAGUAACUUUCUAUUUGUAAUUGCAGAUAUCUUGUAACAGGUAUCUUUCCUUUAUGUCCACGUCUAUAAAUGUUAGUCAAAAAAUCAGCUCAAACAAUCUGGUUUGACUUAUCCGUGGUUCAGUAUGACUACUGUACCUUAAGUUUUAUCUAUAAAAGGAACUUCUCUGAGAAAAGUGACAAAAGGCAAGAACUUCAUCCCAGGAGAUCUUAAAAGAAGUGUGAGCCCCUUCUCUCCACUGUGGUGUGUUUCUGGUAUUUUUGAACAUUUUUGGGGGGGAAUGGUGGUGACCAGGGGCAGCUACCCCACAAGGAGGCAUUGGUGCUUUUCCCUUUCCAAAAAAUGACUCUCAAUGUAUCGAUAGGUAAAGGUAAAGGUUUUCCCAUGAUGUUAAGUCCAGUCGUGACCGACUCUGGGGGUUGGUGCUCAUCUCCAUUUCUAAGCCUAAGAGCCGGCGUUGUCCGUAGAGACACCUCCAAGGUCAUGUGGCCGGCAUGACUGCAUGGAGCGCCAUUACCUUCCCACCAGAGCGGUACCUAUUGAUCUACUCACAUUGGCAUGUUUUCGAACUGCUAGGUUGGCAGGAGCUGGAGCUAACAGCAGCCGCUCCCGCCGCUCCCAGGGCUUGAACCUGGGACCUUUCGGUCUCCAGCUCAGUGCUUUUACACACUCCGCCAGCGGGGCUCCUUAGGACCUAUGUAUCGAUAGGUCAUUCAUAUCAAAAUCCAUAAUUUAGACUCAAAAACCUCCACUUGACUUAUUUAUGAGGUUAACUUAUACAUGAUUAUAUGCAGUAAACUAGAGUUAAUGAAAGAGUAAAAUGGGCAAAAAGGGGUUGCACUAAAAUAAUAUUUUAAAGAAAGUAAUAAUGAUAGACAGGAGAGAUAAAACAAAAUGAAAGUGGAUUUCUUUUUAAAUUGACUAUUGCAUCUGUCAAUAUUGGGUCAUACUUGCAGGCCCAUCAAAUAGCAUAUAAAAUGACAUAUGACAGGGAAGCUAAACCACAGUAUUUUACUUUGGUGAGCGGAAUCAAUCUUCAGCUCACACCACUAUCAAAUCAUGUCCCAUCAAAAUACAAUUUAUUUAAACUUUCUGUAUUUAUUCUCAUUUUUCAAAAAGUGAAAUCUCAUGCUUUUGGCUUAGGAAGGUCCCCCGUAGCUAGGCUUGUGAGGUGCUAACCAAAGAAUUUACUUUAGAUUUCACUCAGUAUUUUCUCAUUCUGGUUGACUGAAUGCUAAUUGACCUAUUUAUCAUUACCACUCUGGUAUUCGGCAUGCAGCAAUUUGCAAUAGAUUGUGUGACUUGUCUCUGUUGAAAAGUUCUGACCCUGAUUAAAAAAAGAAUGUAGAUCCUGGAUGCAGCUCCAAUAGAUAAUAAAUGUUUCCAUAGGUGGGUGCAGUGACCUUUUUUCCCAGCAUAAUUCAGGCAGUUCAAAGACAGAAUGAAUCUGGUCAUGGGAAUCAUGCUCACAGUAUUUUGCAAGUAUUGUUUCUGAGUCAGCAGAAAUUCAAAGAAAGAAGUAGGACUCUAUAUACUGGAUAUCCUCAAUGGCUAUGAUCUGAAAUUAUGUCCAGUGAUGCAAAUGCUUUUAUGUGAUCAUUUCUUAUCUGAUAUCUAUUUGGCACCUGAAAUGUAUAACUGGAGGUUGCAGUUAUUCAUAGAUAAAACAGUGUCUGAACUCAGCCUCAGGCUGAGACCACUUUCUGUCUCAAAAACAGAACACCUGUCUAUGUGCCACUGUAUAGCUUUCCAUUUAAACUAGGGAAUACUCUUAUAGGGAUAAAUCCAACACGAUGCUAGGAAUAGCAUCGAAAGUUUUAAGUCUUCUCCCUGAAAUUAUUUCUUGCAGUAUAAAUAUGUUCUGGAGAAUGUCCAAGACAUCUGAAGAAGGCUUUAAAGGUAUUUAAAGGUAUUUGGGGUGGCCAUGUUAGGGGAAACUCUAUCGCUCCUGCUUGCAUUUACAGAAGCUGCUUCUAUAAUCUUAUUGGCAGCACUUGAUAAUGGUCAUAAAGGCCACAUUCCUUUUCCACAAGCAGAGAUUAUUUGACUUCAGAUUUAACAAGACUAUUGAGCCUGACUUCCCAGCUGCUUUCAAGGACUAAAAAAGCUCAUAACUUCAGUGUGUGCAGUUAAACCCAAUUUUAAUGAUUUCUGAUCUAAAAUCUCUUCAUGUGUAAAAUAAAUGUCAGUGUCAACUUUGUUUUCACUAGAGCUGAGUGGAUAUCCCAUGUUCCAUUUUGUUGUUUUGACAUGAGUUGACUCUGUCCGGCAUCACGUUCAGUCUCCUGAAUUCCUCUCAAGAAAUUUUACAGUGGUUUUCAGAAAGCAGCUUGCUGUUCCUUUAUUAGAAUGUAUUUUGCCUUUUACAUAAGCCUUAUAUACACACAGUAAUGCACAUGAAAAUAUGCUUAUUUUUUCCAGCAUGGACCCCAAAUCAUUAUUUCACUAAGAUUUCUUUCUGAGAAGCCUCAUGUGCACAUAUUUUUCAAUAAAGGAAGCACUAAGGGUAGCCCAUUGCAGCUACUUUGGGGAAGCGUGGAUCAGCAAGUCAUGGCAGAGACAUUAGUAAGAAAUCCCUUCAGUUUCAAGGCAUAGAUCAAAUAGAUUGGGAAGUGAUAGUCUCCUGUUUGAAGAUUAAAAGCUAUAAAAAAGAGGUACUCUACACUGUGUCCAGGAUAGUUCAGGUGGAAAAGAAGCAUAUUUCCUGCCCUCAUUUGCUUUUGCUCUUUACAGGAGAACACCUUGCUGCUGAAAUUUUCUAUAUUUUCUAUACUAGAUAGCUGGAUGAGCAGUCAAAGGAGAUCUUAGAUCACACUAGGUAUCAAGUGGAUUUGCCAGCAUCCAGUAGUUGGAGAUUAGGAGUAGGCAGUAGGAAGAGACAAUCAUCAUCAUCAUCAUCAUCAUCAUCAUCAUCAUCAUCAUCAUCAUCAUCAUAUUUAUUUAUAUCCUGCUUUAUCUCCCCAAAGGGAACUCAGAGCUGCUUGACAUAAAAGCAUUAGUAUACAAUUUAAAAUAUGCAAAUAUUCAAACAUUAAAACAGAAUUAAACACAAACAGCACUAAAAACAUUCACAGUUAAAAUCCAUCAAAACAUAUUCAGGACUCAUUCAUAGAACUAGUUUCUUAGGAGAGUAGUGGUUCUAAAAUUGUGGUCUAAUCGCUGCCCUGAGUCCCCUCUGGUGAGAAGGGCAGGGUAUGAAUGUUGUAAAUAAUAAUCAGCCAAAUGUUUUAAUCUUCAUCUCCCAGAAAUCCUAUCCAUCAUGGCCAAUGAUCAUGAAUUUUGGGAGAUUAAGUCUCCAACAUUUGUAGGACCACAGUUUGAGAACUACUGCUCUACUAAUAAACUGGUUCUGAGAAUGAGUAUUUUGCAAAUAUUAAACACUGGUAGGUUUGGCAGUUUUGAUGAUGAUGGCAUGAUGGAGUAAACGUGAAUCCAGGUUCCCUUGGAACUGUGUUCACCGUUUCAUAAUAAAAUCAAUGAAAAAUUGUGUUUCGUUUUAAUAAACUUCACUUGCAAGUAUGGCUUACCCCAAUAGGGGAAAAUGACAAGAACAAAAGGAUUUAUGAGCAUUGUUCUGCAGCACUGACAAGUUUGUGACGCUGAAGCUGGAAGAACUGCAAAAGUACACAGCUUGAUGCUGGUCCAUGACUAGGGAAACGUCAAUUAAUACCACUGCCUCUGGAGUGAAUUACAGCAGGGAUGUAUCAGGAACUGGUUUUAAUGAGCAUUCUCUGUCACUAGCAUGACAGAUUCACUGUGAAUAUAUUUUAUCUGUUCACUACCCAUGUAGUGAUUUUAAAAACCUGCAUACUUUCCUUUAUUUUCCAUUAAAAUUCAUGUGCAUGUAAGGAAAGGGUUGAAUAUUGAUUCAAUUGUAUUUGAACAUCUCUAUAUUUCUGAUUUUGUAAUUUUGCCAAAGUAUAUUCUUAAAUAUUCGAAAGAGUAGUAUUAUCAUUGAUAAAUAUGCAGUAUUUAUAGGAGUGUUUAUAUAUUGCCUAGUCAAAAUCAGUGGAAGAAUUCUUUGGUCUUAUUACACUAUUGGAUCAUAAUAAGUGACAAUUUGUCAUAACUAAGCAGUGAAUAAUAGGAGUUUGAGGCUGAUGACAAGUAAUGAGAAAGAGUACUCCACAGAGCCGCAUAUAAUCUCUUCAUUUCAACAUGCUGGAGGCCUUCAAAUGGUGUCAGAAAGCUAUGAUUAUCAGAACGCAUCUUCCAACAGAUCCAUGCUAUGUAGAUUUUCAAAUCACAGAUCAGUUCACACCAUGUUGGUAGAUGCUUCCACUAUAUGUUUUGUGAAGUUCUCUUCAGCUCAUAUUUGCCAUCUGAUCACCAACUUGACAUGUGUUUGCUAUUAGUUAGGCAAGGGCAUAACAACUGAAGCAUGACCCUCAAGAGGUUUCAGAGAGGAUUUGCCUAUGUGAAUUCUUCCAACAUUUGCUUUCUAGAAUUGUGUUUUGCUUCCAUGUUUUGUGUAAAUCCAAAAGUCAUAACUGGUAAACAUCAAAAUCAACAUGUUGGCCUGAAUCCAGUGACACAGCAGAAGAACAUAGCUGCUAGUACAUGACUUGGAAGCUUUCUUAGCCUGCCAACCUUUUCUCGAGAUGGCCUGUGGUCUGAAGGGGAAAAAAGAGAUAAAUAAAAACUAACCAACACAAAUAAAGUAGGUGAAUUGCGUGCCCACUCUGUCGCACCUCAGGUUAGCUUCACCUUGCUAAAGACACCAAGCCACACACCGGAAGUAGUCUUUUGUAGUUUAUUUAGAAUAGGCAAAAGAUAAUUCAUAAAAGGGAAAAAGUUCAGUUCCAAAAGAUAGGUACAAAACCAAGGCUGUAAGCAAUAAGUCCAUAGAAACAUAGAGCAUAAAACAAGGUCCUUUUCAUGGAAGCCAAAAGUCCCAACAAACAGAAUAUAUCCAUAAGAUAUUACAGGAAAGCAAACUUGGCACAGGAAAGCAGACUUGCUUCUAGAUCAAGUGAUGGAGUUGCAUUGACAGAGAGCUCUCUGCAAACAGACUGUUUUAAAUGCAUGACACGAAGGUGUUCCUUUGCCCUUUGAACUCUUGUUUAUUGGCUAUGUGGCUUCUCCACAACCCUCUAAAUUCCAGUCUCGUAGCCCAAUCGAGAUUCCCAGAGUCAAGGCCACUGAGCUCAUUAUCAGGCGGCAAAGUGCUAUCUUCCCUUUCUACUUCCUGCACCUGAAAUUCUUCAUUAGAAACAACAACAUGAUUUAUUCGCAUGGGAACAACUCCCUGCUCUUCAUUUCCUACAACUGGAAUGCUCCUAUAAUCCCCAGCAUCAGAGUCAUCCUCAAAUUCAUCCUGAAUGCCAUCAUUAUGCACAUAUAACCCAGAAUCUUCAUCAGAGUCAUGCAAAGGCACAUCAGAAUCACACAAAGGCAAAGGCUGAGCCACAACACAUUCCUGGUUAAAAUAGUUUCUGUAUUGUGUUUUUAGCCAUUUCCUCUCAUCCUCAUAAGAGGAAUGUCACAGCUUGCCUUGUUCUGCAGACUCCACUGAUCCCCAGAAGAGUCUGGGCAGGACCUCCCAGAGCCAAACAUGUGGGAUCUGACCAACCUUUCAGAGAUGCACACUGAUCUUUUCAUCCAUCGAAAUUCUCUAGAGCAAUAGAUACCUUCCCAGUUGGGAUUGUUUGGGUUUUGGUUCUCAGAAUCUCCUCACAGGCCUAAAUAAAUUCCAUCUCACCCUACCUAAUUAUUGUACUUCUUAAACACAAUUUUGUCAUAAGCCAUCAUCACAUUUAAAAAGGAGUUAUGCAGAGCUGCUAUUUAGAACUGAACGAGGCAGGGUGUUAAAUAUGUGAACCAAAUUACUAUAUUUAGUGUAUAAGGUUUAAAUAACAACCAAUCUGCACCACAAUGUGAGAGGAGGAGAGUUUAACCCUCUCCUCUCAUGAUGUGUUGUGUUCUGAACAGCCAUCAGGAACAGAUUCAUCACUUAUCUUCCCACAGGAGGAAGCCAGAAUUUUGCAAUUUUUCUUGCUGUGAGUUUUGAAAAUAUAUGCAGUUUCAAACUGAAGAGUUCACGCAUGAUUGUUUUGCACAAAGCACUCCUUUCAGCACAUAAUCUAGUAUUUCUCUGUGGAAUAACAGUAUUUUCCACACAGAAAAAUCCUGUUUUCUGUGCAAAAGAACCAUGUGUAAAUUUAGUGUGGAGUAAGUCCUGAACUGCAAAGAUUCUUAUGAGUCCCAGAAUUCUUGAUAUUCAAAAAAAUAUGUUUUUAACCAUUUUCUAAUAUAUCUCCCAUUCUUAAUAGCCAUUUCCCUCACCACACUUACCAUUCUCCUGAGGGAAAACUUUCCGUGUUCUUAAAUAUCUGACAGAACUGCUUCAUAUCCUACAAAAUGUAACAUCCCUGAAGUAAAUCUAUACUUACUUCAAUGUAUAUCAUGGAUUUGGUUCAUGUUUGGGUAUUCAGACAAAACUACAUUUAUUAUCUGUUAAUAAGAAAGGUUUUCAUUAAAAUUAUGAUUCAGUA